UCUCUCCCCUGCUCCCCUCCGGCAGAGCUCGCUGCACCAGCCGUGAGAAGGCUCCGUUCAGCUCCCAGCCCAGCCCCUCACUCCUCCCAGCACCAUGGUGGUUUCCUCACUUCUCUGCCUCCUCCCUGCUCUCCUAGCGACAGCCAGUGCCCAAGGGACCCUGACAUGCAACGUGUGCUUGGGCCCAACGGAGACCUGCGAUUUGGUUAAAGGGACCUGCCAAGACGACCCGGCGACGGGCGGCUGUCUCUCCGUGGUGGAAGACAUUUCCCUGGGUGGGAUAAAGCAGACGUUCUUCUCCAAGCAAUGUCUCAGCAGCUAUAACAGUGACAUAAAAGGCCCCUUCUCUUUCACCGUGGGGAAGGACCAGUACGUGAGGAUCAAUGUCCUACAAUGCAACACAGAUUUGUGCAACUCAGCCGUACCUCAAGUGCCCAUGGACCCCACCCCGAACGGGUGGCAGUGCCCAACCUGCUUUGCUCUGGACACCUAUUUCUGUGAUGGCGAAAUCAUGCCCUGCACAGGGUUGGAAACCGAUUGCCUGAGUUACAAUGGCGAGUUGAUCCAAGGUUCAUCUCGUUCCUGGUUUGGAGCAAAGGGCUGCGUAUCAAAAUCGAAUCCGGAGCUUGUACCUGGAACCACCGUGAAGACUACAAGCAGCACCAUUCAGUUUUAUUUUGGGGAAACUUUUCCUGCAACUCCUGCCCCUUCUACAUCCCCCACCACCCACACCAAUCUUAAGACACCAGUGGCCGAGGAACAGGCCCCACCAGAGACACAUGUUGGAGGCAAGACUUUUGGUUCUGACAACCUCAUCUGA